CUCAGAGUGAAAUCUCGCGAGAAGAGACUUGGUAGGACAACACUGUACGUGGCUUCCCAGCUGACAGGAUGACUGGUGUGACAGAUAGAGCGACUGGGUGGACUGGCAGCAUCUGAACUGGGUUUAAUAUCAAAUAAUUUUCACGUACUGGAUGUGUUCGGUACCGGAGGCUCUCCCGGUCCUCCUCCUCCAGCAGCAGCCCGGUGAGUGACGGUUAGCCGCCGCUACUAGCCUCCUUCGGCCCCAGCAACUCGACAUGGCGGAGAGCGGCUCGUCGGCUGGAUUCUCUGGCUCCUUGACCGGCUCCCUGACUGGCUCCAGCCUCCCCCCGCCCAGGACCCGCAUCUUCAAGAUCAUAGUGAUCGGGGACUCAGGCGUCGGGAAAACCUGCCUCACCUACCGCUUCUGCGCCGGCAAGUUCCCCGAGAAGACGGAGGCCACGAUCGGAGUGGACUUCAGGGAGAGGCUGGUGGAGAUAGACGGAGAGAAGAUCAAGAUCCAGCUGUGGGACACUGCAGGCCAGGAGCGCUUCAGGAAGUCCAUGGUGCAGCACUACUACCGGAACGUGCACGCCGUCGUCUUUGUGUACGACGUCACCAACGCCGCCAGCUUCCGCAGCCUCCCCGCCUGGAUCGAGGAGUGCAAGCAGCACGCUCUGGGCACCGAGGUUCCCCGGAUCCUGGUGGGGAACAAGUGUGACCUCCAGGACUCGGUCCAGGUGGGGACGGACGUAGCGCAGCAGUUUGCCGACGCCCACUCCAUGCCGCUGUUUGAGACAUCCGCCAAGAACCCCAACAGCCAAGGAGACAGGAACCACGGGAACAGCGACCAUGUGGAGGCCAUCUUCAUGACGGUGGCCCACAAGCUGAAGUCCCAGAAGCCCCUGGUGCUCAGCCAGCCGCCGGGGGCCUCAGGGGCUUCAGGGGCCACCGUCAACCUGAGCAGGGGCAGGGAUGAUGGGGCGGACGGGGCCCGGAGCUGGGCCUGCAGCAGCUGCUGAGCGAGGAAACGGUGAAGGAAGGAUCAGGAAGUGUCUUCACAGUCAGAACAAUCAGAGGAACAUCUCAGCACAGAGGUUCUCCUUCACUGCUUGUGCUCAACUUUCUGAAUGACUUUAAGGGAUUCUGUCUCGUAUUUACCGUGAGAUUCUUGUUUGUUUGUUGGAUCCACUGAUCCUGAUAAAGUGGACAAACAUUGUCCUUCGAGGUAAACGUUGAAGCUGAGGCUGAUCUUUGGAGGUGGACAAAGUACCGGAGCAGUCUAUACCACCGUCCCACCAGGUCAUCAGUGUGAAGACAGAGCAGGGUUCUCCUUGGUGUUUAGGGAUAUCUUGUCCACUCCCUCCUGGAGGUUGUGUUUGGGUUCUCGGUGACUGCAGGCUGGUUCCAGUUCAGCGCCUCAUUAAAGGCAUCUGUGGAGCGUUUUUCUCAUUUAUUACUAUUUUUAUGUUCAGUCUUUGAACACGCCUCAUUUCCACACAGUUCUGCUUCAUGCCUGUACAGCUGUAGAACAGACUGCCUCCUGGUGGUCAGCGUGAGGAAAUACAUUACAUUUACAGCUUCAUCCAGUUUAUCCGUUAGUUUUAUGGAAUAUGAAAACAGGACCAAUAAAACCUGGAGAGAAAUACCUGAGGAGGUUCUUCUGAAACAUGUGGAGCCUGUUUAGUGAAAUCAUGUGAUACAGCUCUACUGGAUGCGUGUUUUCUGUAUGUUACAUACCAAGCAUAUACUAAACCAGCUGAGUGAGUCUCUUCAGUCAACAGACAAACAGCUGGCCGCCUGUUAGCGAGUCAUUCUUCAUGCUUCCAGAUGUGCAGUCUGGUCUCCACAUAAUCUAAAAGUAGAAAUGAUUCAGCAUACUCUAGGUAAAAUCUGAAUCAUAGGAGUUUCAUCUGUGUGGAACCGAGGUGUAAAAACAUUUCCUUCGAGUUCAUGUUUGGAUCCAUGUUUUCUAACUAGCAGUCAUCCCUGCCUCUGCUAACUCAGCGCUAAACGUCUGAGCUGACCAACUACAAACCACGUAGAACAGGUCUGCUAUAGACAGACUACAGGUAGAACAGGUCUGCUAUAGACAGACUACAGGUAGAACAGGUCUGCUAUAGACAGACUACAGGUAGAACAGGUCUGCUAUAGACAGACUACAGGUAGAACAGGUCUGCUAUAGACAGACUACAGGUAGAACAGGUCUGCUAUAGACAGACUACAGGUAGAACAGGUCUGCUAUAGACAGACUACAGGUCUUCUCCUCCUGCACUGGUUGGAACGAUUCCACAGGGUCUUUAGAGGGACUACUGGUUAGACUGAAGGGAAUCAUUUCAUUUUAAGGUUCUGUUUGAGACAGAUUCAUAUCCACUUCACUGACUUCUUACAGUUGAUCAGUGAUUUUAAAAGGAGUUGUCUUUAAGUCUUCCUUUUAGUAAAGCCCUGAGGUGAGAAGUGGAGCUGAAUGAUGUGAGAAAUGUCAGGCUUAGGUUCAGUCUUCGCUGUAAAGGAUUCAGAAUGCGAUGGAGCAUUAAAAUAUAUGACAGUGUAGACCACAUGGUGCACAAAGAACCUUGUAGUUUAUGCUGAUAAAUGGCCAUAAACAGCCUGAAAGCUUUAAUCUGCUCUAAGUAAACACAGUUAAACUGUACAGAUUAAAGAUCAGGACUGGUUGGGAAUAAAAGGAGAGGAUGGAAAGUUUGAAGCUUGGAAGCAUCUUAGUGGUAAACUCUCCAGCCAGGGUUUCAGUUGGACAUGGAUAAAUGAAGGAAGGAUCCACACUACAUUUCUAAUAACUGUUGGUGUGAAAAUGAGUUUCGGGCCCAGAUGGUGGAACCACGGUUUGGGCAACAUCGUAUGGGCUGUUUGUAAAAGAUAGACGUAGGGACUGUAACAUUAACCAGCAGGUUCUGGACGACCAGUUCUUGAUCUUUUGAGCCCUGAGUGGAUCAACCAUUGAUACGCUAAUGUGUUUAAUCAUCUGUUCUACUGUAAACAUUAGCGUCAUGUAUGAAUCCUACAUCACGCUGCAUUUAGACAGUCUCUAUGGAGACUGUAGAUCUAUCAGAAGAUGUUUAGUGAGGUAGUAAAUGGAGGAAGUAGUCAUUCUGACUUAUUGCUGCCCCCUGCUGACUGGUAGCAGUAAUGCAGGUUUAAGGUACUUCCUGACCUGUAGAUGAGGACAAACUCGUGGAGCGCAUAGACUGUAUAUAAAGAUGGACGUAGCAUCUGGCUCCAAAAAUUAAGCCCACCCGGAAGUGUCAAAAACUUGUAAUAUCACGCCGUCCGCUAGGGUUGGCUCCAAGAAGCUUUUUCUCCAUAGACCCCAAUUCAUUUUUGGAAAAAAUAAAAUUUGAUAGACUGAUGUUCUACAGCUCAGGAUUUUUUUCCCGUUAGUUUUCAUGGUCAAAAUGAGAGAUCAGGUGGCCGAUCUUAAAAUAAAUCAAUACUGAAUUUUAAAUAAAUCGUUAAAGUUGGCGGAGCCAGGGGGCGUGGCUAUACUUGAUAGACAGCAACAGAAGCCUCUGUGGUAAAAUGUGGGCGGGAUAAGAGAGUCCUCAGCCAAUCCUGCCCCUAGUUACUCUCCGGUCCAGUCUGUUUGAUGACGCUUUUGAUGUCACUGGCUCCAAAAAAUCCAAAACGGCGACCAGGAAGUAGCAAAAUCCGGGCUUCAUUUUCUCGGUGUUGAAACCAACGGGUGACAUCACGGUUAGUUUACGCCUGGUGGAGCGUUGUCCAUUUGUAAGAUUUAAUCUACGUUUGCCUGCAGCUUGUUUUUCUGCUCCCAAUGUGCCAUAAAAUCUGUUCUCAUGGCUCCAGACAAAGACGCCCACAUGUGAGUGGAGGAACCUUUGUUUAGCUCUGUCUGACAAUGGAGGGAGAAUACAGCAGGAUUCAAAGGAAACUAGAAGACAGAAGAGCAGCUACAGAAGCAGUGUUUGCUCAGUGUUCAUUGUUCUGCAUAGAACAGGCUCCUGAAGUCCAGCACUGUGUCGGUUAGUCAGUAAAACACAUCUAUAGUGGGCUAGGGCUUCUUAGUGCUCCUAAAGCUUCUCAACAUGUACGUGAAUGACUUUUCUCAUUACACACCCUCUACCUAAGCUUGUGCUCAAACAUUCAGAAUGUCUUCACGUCUGUACAGUAAAAGCUGUCUGUUUUCCCUCCAUAAGCGCUGAGGGACAGAUGGUGGUAGUCUGCAGCUCUUCAGGUGUCUUCAGGUGUUCCACCACCACAGCUGGUCCUGUGGCUCUGCUGCUCUUCACCUCCAGGUUCUGCUUCCGUCUCCUCAGAGGACAGAUCAAACCCAACGGCCUUCUCUCAGGACUGUUCAGAGACAAACUAUCCGGUGAUCUGUCAGCAGGGACUUUUGUUCUGGCUUUGAUUGCUGCUUUGUUGCUCAUCUAUCUGCCUUCAGCUGUCGUUUCUUUUGCCUUAUUUUGUUCACUUAAAGCAGCUGAAUCCAUCAUCGGCCACAAAGAAACCCUCCAGAGCUCCUGAUUCAGUGACUGAUGAAUGAAACUUGAGGUGGUUUAGUCAUGUAAUGUUGCAAUAAACUACCCUGAACAUUUCACUAAACAGUCCAGCUUUAUUUAUUAAAUACAUAGGAAAUGUUCAACAUUUCAGUCCUGACAUGUUGGAACGAGCAUUCACGUUUGGCAAAGGUUUCAGUGAAUGUGGCCAUGGAAAUGUUUGGUCACAGAGGAAAUGAGGUCCGAAGUGCUUCUAAUCACUUUAAAUCACAUCUUCACCAGACCUCCAGACGUCUGAGGUUCUCUUCUGUCCAGGUACAGCUUUAGGAAGGUGUCAAUUAGGUCAGUCUGCUGUAUGAAGCCGGCCUGGAUGGACCUUCCUUUUCUUCUGUGGUGCUUCUGCUGCUGGACGGAGCAGGAGAGUUGAAGAGUCUGUCGUCGCCUCCUGCUGGACACAGAGAAGAACAACAUGACAGUACUGGUGUAUAGACGUGUUGGUGUUUUAUCAGGCUGAUAACCGACCUGUGGACCUUAAAAAGUUUAUAUUCUCCAUCAAUAAGGAUGAGCAGAACUGAAUAUAAACAACAGAGAAUAAAAAUUGACAAAUUUAGACUGAAGGAGCUGUCAGAUCCACUGAUGUCCAUCAGUUGGUCUCAUAGACUGUAUAUAAAGAUGGACGUAGCAUCUGGCUCCAGAAUUGAAGCCCACCCGGAAGUGUCAAAAACUUGCAAUAUCACGCCGUCCACUAGGGUUGGCUCCAAAAAGCUUUUUCUCCAUAGACCCCAAUUCAUUUUUGGAUAAAAUAAAAUGUGAUAGACUGAUGUUCUACAGCUCAGGAUUUUUUCCCGUUAGUUUUCAUGGUCAAAAUGAGAGAUCAGGUGGCCAAUCUUAAAAUAAAUCAAUACUGAAUUUUAAAUAAAUCGUUAAAGUUGGCGGAGCCAGGGGGCGUGGCUAUACUUGAUAGACAGCAACAGAAGCCUCUGCGGUAAAAUGUGGGCGGGAUAAGAGAGUCCUCAGCCAAUCCUGCCCCUAGUUGCUCUCCGGUCCAGUCUGUUUGAUGACGCUUUUGAUGUCACUGGCUCCAAAAAAUCCAAAACGGCGACCAGGAAGUAGCAAAAUCUGGGCUUCAUUUUCUCAGCGUUGAAACCAACGGGUGACGUCACGGUUAGUUCACGCCUGGUUGGUCUCCUAUCUGCUCUUCAUCUGUUUUCUAUCACUGAGGUAAAUAUCCUAAAUAAGGACCGACCAAACAUCAUGUUCGAUACUUGGCAUUUUUCUGAUUAUCUGUAUUUUAUUGGUCGAUAAAUGAAACGUGUUACUUCAGGUCAGAUUCCAUCUCCUCUCUACUCUGUUCUCAGAAACAUCUCUAAACUAAACCAGGAAGUUUGCUUCUCUCACGGUGGCUAAAGCUAUGCUAACAGCUAGAUGUUCAGUUAGAAGUCACAGAUUAACCUGGAAUGGACAGGUUAAUCUGGACAGGUUAACAUCUGUAGUUUAGAGGGCGAUAACAGUGAUAGAACGGUGAAAAAAGAAUAAAACAAGAACAGCAGCAGACAAACUGAUCAGUCUGAGUCUGUUCAGUGAUAUUCAUCCUGAAUAAUGAAGAGGUCUGGACGGAUGACGGGUUCCUGCUGUCUCAUGCUGGUAAAACAUUACAUUUAAUUUGUAUCAGUUCUAAAUAUCAAUAAUCUGCAUCAGAAUCAGCCCUAAAAACCACAAACAGCAGUCCAUCCCUGAUCUUACAGCAUUUAUCAGCCCAGCUGAACCUGAAGCUUCACAUCCAGGUUAUUCUACUGUGUUUCAGAGGUUUUCUAUUAUGAGAUGGAUGUAAAAAUGAAUACCUCUAUUUCAACAGAGCAAAGAAACAGGACAAUUAAAUGUGGUCUGUUAAAUAUUAGAUCUCUCUGGUCUAAAUCUCUGCUAGUAAAUGAGUUGAUAACUGAUCACCAGAUUGAUUUGUUCUGUUUGACUGAAACCUGGUUGCAGCAGGAAGAAUUUGUUAGCCUAAACGAAUCAACUCCCCCUAGUCAUAUUAACUGUCAUAUUCCUGGAAUCACAGGCCGAGGAGGAGGAGUAGCAGCAAUCUACCAUUCUAGUUUAAAACUGAACCAGAGGCCUAAACCUGAUUACAGCUCAUUUGAAAAUCUCACUCUUAGUCUCUCUCAUCCAAAUUUGAAAGCUCAGAAACCAGUUUUAUUUGUUGUUAUAUAUCGUCCUCCUGCUCCUUAUUCUGAGUUUUUAUCUCAAUUCUCAGACUUUUUAUCUGAAUUAGUGCUCAGUUCAGACAAAGUUAUUAUUGUGGGUGACUUUAACAUUCAUGUUGACGUAGACAGCGGCAGCCUUACAACAGCUUUUAAUUCAUUAUUAGACUCAACAUGUAAAUAAACCAACUCAUAGUUUUAAUCACACUCUUGACCUUGUCCUGACUUAUGGCAUAGAAAUUGAAGAGUUAACAGUAUUUCCCCAGAACCCUCUUCUUUCUGACCAUUUUAUGAUAACAUUUCAAUUUAAAGUAAAGGAUUGUUUAGCAGCUGAGAACAAAUAUCAUUACAGUAGGUGUUUGUCUGACAAUUCAGUAACUAAAUUUAAGGAAAUAAUACCCUCACUGUUUACUUCAGCAACAUUUACUGAUAAAUCAGAAGGCAAAUAUUAUUAUUUUACCCCCACAGAAGUGGAUUAUUAUGUUAAUAAUGCUUCAGCCUCACUGCGUACAACUCUUGAUAGUGUUGCACCUGUAAAAAAGAAAGUUCUAUCUCAGAGAAGACUUGCUCCUUGGUAUAAUUCCAGCUGCGGACUUUAAAGCAGGCAUCCCGAAAGCUGGAAAGAAAGUGGUAUUCCACUAAUUCAGAGGAAGUGUAUGUGGCUUGGAAAAAUAGUCUAGUAAUCUAUAAAAAAGCUCUUCGUAAUGCCAGGACAACUUAUUAUUCAUCUUUAAUAGAUGAGAACAAGAACAACCCUAGGUUUCUCUUUAGCACUGUAGCCAGGCUGACAAAGAGUCAGAGCUCUGUUGAACCUUGUAUUCCUUUAGCUUUAACCAGUAACGACUUCAUGAGCUUCUUUACACAUAAAAUAGUUCUGAUUAGAGAUAAAAUUAAUCUGGCUCUUCCUACAAAUGUCACAGAUGCUUUUGAAUUGGCUGUUAGACCUGAUGAAUCUUUAGAAUUCUUCACUCCUAUAUGUCUCUCUGAACUCAUUUCAACAGUUUCUACAUCCAAACCAUCAACAUGUCUUUUAGAUCCUAUCCCAACUAGACUCUUCAAGGAGAUUUUACCUUUAAUUAAUUCUUCAAUGUUAGAUCUGAUUAAUCUCUCUCUAGUAACAGGCUAUGUACCACAGGCUUUUAAGGUUGCUGUCAUCAAACCUUUGCUUAAAAAGCCCACUUUAGAUCCAGAUGUGUUAGCUAACUAUAGACCGAUAUCCAACCUACCAUUUCUCUCUAAAAUUCUGGAAAGAACAGUUGCAAAUCAAUUAUGUGAACAUUUACAAAGGAAUAAUUUGAAAUGUUUCAGUCAGGCUUCAGAGUGCAUCAUAGCACAGAAACAGCUCUAGUGAAAGUUACUAAUGACCUUCUCAUAGCAUCAGAUAAUGGACUAGUCUCUAUACUUGUUUUGUUAGAUCUUAGUGCAGCGUUUGACACAAUCGACCACAAAAUUUUAUUACAGCGUCUAGAACAUUCAAUUGGCAUUAAAGGGACAGCACUGGAUUGGUUUAAAUCCUACUUAUCAGAUAGGUUCCAGUUUGUGCAUGUCAACAAUAACUCUUCUGAGCAUACUAAAGUUAAUCAUGGAGUUCCUCAGGGUUCUGUCUUAGGACCGAUACUUUUCACAUUAUACAUGCUUCCUUUAGGCAAUAUUAUUAGGAAGCAUUGUAUUAACUUCCAUUGUUAUGCAGAUGACACACAAUUGUAUUUAUCUAUGAAGCCAGAUGAAACUGAUCAGUUAGCUAGACUGCAAGAUUGUCUUAAGGACAUUAAAACCUGGAUGACUUUUAACUUCCUACUGCUAAAUUCAGACAAAACUGAAGUCAUUGUAUUUGGCCCCAAACAUCUUAGAAACUCGCUUUCAAAGCAAAUAGUUACUCUGGAUGGCAUCACAUUGGCCUCCAGUACUACUGUGAGGAAUCUUGGAGUUAUUUUUGACCAGGACAUGUCCUUUAACUCACACAUAAAGCAAGUCUGUAGGACUUCCUUUUUUCACCUGCGUAAUAUUGUAAAAAUCAGGAACAUUCUGUCUCAGAGUGAUGCAGAAAAAUUAGUUCAUGCUUUUGUUACUUCCAGGCUUGACUAUUGCAAUUCCUUAUUAUCUGGUUGUCCAAAUAGCUCUCUCAAACAUCUACAGUUGAUCCAAAACGCUGCUGCGAGAGUACUGACAGGAGUUAGCAAAAGAGAUCAUAUUUCCCCUAUACUUGCUUCUCUUCACUGGCUUCCUGUUAAAUCCAGAAUAGAAUUUAAAAUCCUUCUUCUGACAUAUAAAGCUCUUAAUAACCAAUCUCCAUCAUAUCUUAAAGAUCUGAUAGUACCUUAUUAUCCUAGUAGAACUCUUCGCUCUCAAACUGCAGGCUUACUUGUUGUUCCUAGAAUUUCUAAAAGUAGAAUGGGAGGCAGAGCCUUCAGUUAUCAGCUCCUCUCCUGUGGAACCUGCUCCCAGUUUGGGUUCUGGAGGCAGACACCCUCUCUAUUUUUAAGACCAGGCUUAAAACGUUCCUUUUUGACAAAUCUUAUAGUUGGGGCUGACUGGGUGACCCACAGGGGUUCGGCUUGUGUCUUCAUUGCACAGCUGACUCCCUCUUGGACGUCCCUUCGUUCUGCCUCUCGUCAUGCUGCUAUAGGCCUAGGCUGCUGGGGGACUUUUCUUGACGCACUGAGCCCUUCUCUAUCUACCUUUACAUUUAAUAUGUAUACCGUUAUUGCAGUACAUUCACUCUGUUUCCCCCUGUGUUAUUUCUCUGAGUGUCCCUGGUCCCAGAGCUGGAUGCUUCAGAUCUGCGGUUGAUGUUCCACCAGCUGGUCCAGUCUCCAUCAUGUCCACUGUGGGAUGCUGCUGCUGACCUUCCUCCAGCCCUCUGCUUCCAGCUCCCUUUUUCCACGAGUCAACUCUGCAUCGCCUUCACUAUACUGUUAUGCUAACUUACAUACUGUUUGAAUUUUACUGCUAGCUAUAUAUGGAGUAUGUUUAAUGUCAGAGCCGUACAUCAUAAGAGUAAACUAUGAGUCAGUUUUCAAUGUUAGCUUAUACUUUGUUUGUGUCACAUAUCCUGUCAUACAUGUAUCCAAAUGUGUGUUGUGUUUUCCUUGCUUUCCCACCCCUCCCUCUUCUCCCAUCCCUCCCCCUUGCCCUCCUCUGUCCCUCUCAACCCCCCCGGCCAGCAGGCAGAUGGGUCCCCCCUAUAUAGAGCCGGGUUCUGCUCGAGGUUUCUUCCCUGUUAAAAGGGUGUUUUCUUGCCACUGUCUCCUUUGGGCUUGCUCUGGGGGUCAGGCAUAUGGGUUCUGUAAAGCGUCUUGAGACAAUUUGACUGUAAUUGACGCUAUAUAAAUAAAAUUGAAUUGAAUUGAAUGUGUCCUCUACCAGGUCCUAAAGGGAUGAAGACUGGAACAGAGGAACAUUCAACAUGAGGUCCUACCUUGCCAGGUGCACACCAUCUCCGUGUCUCCAGGAUCACACUGAGGAACCAGAGUUUCCUGCAACAUGCAGAACAUUUAGAACAUAUCACCACAUAAAGGAGCCGUUUGCUAUUAAUUCCACCUGUGACUGAGGAGGAAUUCUGAAAGAGAUCAGGAGUGUUUGGCUGUUACCACUUCAAGACUGCUGUGGUGGUGGAAGACCUCUUCAUCCUCCUCCCCGUAGGUCAGAGUCAGACAGGAGUAGCCCAAUAUGAAGAGAACAGAAACCCAGGAAAGUCCUGCAGCUACCACCAUCACACUCACCUGGAGACACAAAGAAAGCUCAGGUAAGAGGUUAAGAGAGCUGAAACCUUUCUCUUUAACUGCAGUUGAAACAUUUAGAACAUCGUGACUACAUUCAAUAUGUUUCAGAAGUUAUUUCAGAAAGUGAAAAUGUAAAAUAUCCUAGACUUAUAAACUUAGAAUUUUCCUUUGGGGAUGAAUAAAGUGAUUCUGUUCUAUUAUGACAGGUAAAGUGAUUAUAUUUUAACCCUCUAAAAUCCACUGUUGCAGAAAUACAUCAGUUUUAUUUUUUUAAAUAUCUUCUAUUAUGUAUAUAUAUAUUUAUAAUUUCUGCUCAUUUUUUUCUAUAUUUGGGUAUAUGUCGGGUUCUGCUGCACAUCUUCAAACUGAGCCUGAGUCUGCAGAGGGUUCCUGUGAUGUUGAAGACUUCCUGCCUGGUUCCUGUCUCAAAGACCAGGAACCCCAGGGAACCAAACCAUUUCACACCUGUGGCCCUCACUUCUCAUCUGAUGAAGACCAUGGAGAGGAUCAUCCUCAGGAACCUCCAUCCCCUGGUGAGCUCACAUCUGGACCCACUGCGGUUCUCUUACCAACUGAACAUUGGAGUGGAUGACGCAGUCGUCUACCUGCUGCACAGAUCGCUGACUCACCUGGAGGACACCGGCAGCACUGUGAGGGUCAUGUUCUUUGACUUCUCCAGUGCUUUCAACACAAUCCAGCCUUCUCUGUUCAGGGUGAAGCUGUAGGGAGCAGGAGUAGACUGUCACCUGGCUGCUUGGACCAUCCACUACCUCACCAACAGACCACAGUACGUGAGGCUUCAGGACUGUGUUUCUGAUGUAGUGGUCAGCAGCAUGGGGGCCCACAGGGGACAGUGCUCUCUCCCUUUCUCUUCAUCCUGUACACAUCGGACUUCCACUACAACUCUGGGAGCUGUUACCUCCAGAAAUUCUCUGAUGAUACAGCCAUUGUUGGGGGUGUGUCUGAUGGGGACGAGAUGGAGAACAGGACAGUCAUCUCUGACUGUCGACUGGUGUGAGCGAAACCAUCUGCAGCUCAACGCCAGUAAGACGAAAGAGAUGACCAUCGACUACCACAGGAGGAGGACACCUCAGACUGCACCGGUGAACAUCCAGGGUUUGGACAUUGAGAUAGUGGACUCAUACAAAUACCUGGGUGUUCACCUCAACAACAAACUGGACUGGUCACACAACACAGUGGUCCUGUACAAGAAGGACCAAAGUCGUCUCCACCUGCUGAGGAGACUGAGGUCCUUUGGAGUGUGCAGGACUCUGCUCCGGACAUUCUAUGACUCUGUGGUAGCGUCUGCUGUUUUCUAUGCAGUGGUCUGCUGGGGAGCAGGGAGCUCUGAGAGGGACAGAAAGAGACUGAACAGACUGAUGAGGAGGACCGGUUCUGUGCUGGACUGUUCCCUGGACUCCAUAGAGGAGGAUGUUGGCAAAGCUCACAUCCAUCAGAGACAACCCCUCUCACCCACUGCAUGACACUGUGGAGUCUUUAAGCAACUCCUUCAGCAGCAGACUGAGACAUCCACCCUGAAGAAGGAGCUAUCACAGAUCCUUCAUCCCAUCUGCUUUAAGACUGAACAUCAGCAUCACUGGCUGAUGUUAACAUAAACUGGACUCACAUCAUAUCAUCUUAAAUCAUGGUAAAAUCUGCGUAACCAUUCCUUGUACUGCUGGCAUUUUUUCUGCUUUUACAGUUCCAUUUAUUCCACAAGCCAGUUUAUGCUGAUGUCAUUUAUUUAUAGUGUAGAAAAAUUGCUAUUGAUUCAUUUUUCAUCCUUCACUCUGUAUGUGUUGUAUAUAAUAUUGUUAUUAUAACUAUUAUAUUUACUGUAUAUUGCUGCUGUAACAUGGGAAAUUCCCCUGACGUGGGGAGUAAUAAAGGAUUAUCUUAUCUUA